UGGCUGCCAUUCUUACACACACACACACACACACACAAGGAGAGACGGACGAUAAGAUUCACCUUAGGACUUAACCCACGACUUCCACUGAGGGAGGAACUACAGGAGGAAUACUGGGAAUAUUGGGAAUACUGGAACUCCAAGGAGCUUUCCAGAACAGGGAGUGUUACCACGGCUGACUGACUGACUUCCUGUUUGAACUGACUGCCUGGUGAGUUUUUCUCUUCACUCACAGACAAAAUGGCUUCAACAUCAGAGGAGGAUCUCUGCUGUCCUGUCUGCCAUGACAUCUUUCAAGAUCCUGUGGUCCUGUCAUGUAGCCACAGCUUCUGUAAAGCCUGUCUGCAGAGAUGGUGGACAGAGAAACCAACAAAAGACUGUCCAAUUUGUAAGAGAAGAUCUUCAAGGAGUGAUCCACCUGUUAGCUUGGUGCUGAAGGACCUGUGUGAGGCCUUCUUACUGCAGAGAGAUCAGAGAGAUUCAGCAGGGUCAGAGCUCCUCUGCAGUCUGCACUCUGAGAAACUCAGGCUCUUCUGUCUGGACCAUCAGCAGCCAGUGUGUGUCGUCUGUCAAGAUUCAAACAAACACACCGACCACAAGUUCAGACCCAUCGACGAAGCUGCUCAGGAUCACAGAGAAGAACUUCAGAAAUCACUGAAGCCCUUACAGGAGAAACUGGAGCUCUUUAAUAAAGUCAAAGGAAAGUGUGAUCAAACAGCAGAGCACAUUAAGGUCCAGGCCCGACGCACAGAGAGGAAGAUUAAGGAGGAGUUUAAGAAGCUUCACCAGUUUCUCCAAGAGGAAGAGGAGGCCAGGAUCACCGCUCUGAGGGAAGAAGAGGAGCAGAAGAGUCGGACGAUGAAGGAGAAGACGGAGGCUCUAAGCAGAGAGAUAUCAGCCCUUUCAGACACAAUCAGAGCCAUAGAGAAGGAGCUGAGAGCUGAAGACGUCUCAUUCCUGCACAACUACAAGGCUACAGUGGAGAGAGUCCAGCGCCCCCUGCUGGAGGAUCCCCAGCUGCUCUCAGGAGCUCUGAUAGACGAGGCCAAACACCUGGGCAACCUGAGCUUCACCGUCUGGGACAAGAUGAAGGAGGUGGUCUCCUACACUCCUGUGGUUCUGGACCCCAACACUGCACAUCCAGACCUCUUCCUGUCUGAAGAUCUGACCAGUGUGAGACCAGGAGAGGAGCGGGAACUUCCUGACAAUCCGGAGAGAUUUGACUACUACCCCGCUGUCCUGGGAUCUGAGGGCUUCAACUCAGGGACUCACAGCUGGGAUGUUGAGGUUGGAGACAGUGCAGCCUGGUUCCUGGGUGUGAUAGAAGAGUCUGUCCAGAGGAAGGGAAGCAAACCUACUGGAUUAUGGGUAAUAUGGUUCUAUGAAGGUAAAUACAAAGCAGGCUCCCCAUCCGGUCCAGGCACUGAUCUCCCAGUUCAGAAGAAACUCCAGAGGAUCAGAGUUCAUCUGGACUGGAACAGAGGACAGCUGACAUUCUCUGAUCCUGUUACUAACACACACAUACACACCUUCACACACACUUUCACUGACAGGUUGUUUCCAUACAUUAAAACCAUAGAACCACUGAAGAUUUUACCAGUGAAGGUCUCUGUAACAUUGGAACAGCACCAUUAGAAAUAUAUGACAUCAAUUACAACAGCAACAACAACAACAAAAAUUAUAACACCAAAAAUG